AUGUACUGCAAAUUAUUUGUACUCGGCGUACUUUCUAUAGUGUUCUGUUCAAAAACAAACUCAUAUGCCGUUGAAACACCAGGAUUGAUCAUCAAUGUUACUUCAUAUAAUAAUGAUUCGAAUAAUACCGGUCCAAGUUCGGGUGAAACGAUCGCCACGGCAUUUGUCAUUGAUAUUGAUGAAAAAAUGUCUGUACAUUCGACUGGAGAAGAAAAUAAUCCAUCAUUCAAUGUGAAAAAUAGUACUGACGAGUCAAGCGUAGAAGAUAAUCAAAACCGAUCAUCGUCAAUCGCAUCGGAUGUACACACGGAGGUGCAAACGUCUACAAAUAAAAAUAAGGAUGGUGACAAUGCAAGAUCAAUGGUUGAUAAGAAAGAAAAGGACGGAGAGACAGCAAGUGAGAGCGAUGAAGAAUCUGACGACGAUAUGAAAAUUUCCGAACCAAUUGAAGAAGAGGAAGAAAAAUGA